AUGAACUCGACUUCAGUGCAAUUCAGUCCUAUCAAGGCCGGGCGACAAAUUCUCGGCGAGAAAGACUCGAACGCGUGUCUGUCCCCCGCUACACACGCCAAAGCAUCAUUCCCACCAAUUGAGACCCCAGUCAAGCGAAUGUCAAUCGCUACUUCUCCUAAGAAGCUUCUCCCGUCUCCUAUAUUUGCAGGCCAAAAACGGACACGGGAUCAGGUGGAUCAGGAAGAAAUAGGACACGUGCAGAUGCGGGAAUCCUCUCUGCAGCCCGUCCAAUCCACCGCCAAUGAAGAUAUGCAAUGCGAGCUCACUCAAACCCCCACCCCACAAAACUCACAACCUGAACGCGACCAAGUACAAGAUCUAAUGGACACCGAUCAAUCCUUCAACGCGCCCAACACACCCCAAGAAACGCGUAGCGUCAUCUCAGAAUCCGACGCGCGCAAAAUGUUCAUCCAACAAAAAGCAAGCCUCCUCCGAUCAAGACUACAAAGCGCAAUGCGCAAUGUGAUAGACCACCAAUUCGACCGUCGUGUCUCUGAGCUAGAAGCCCACAGCCGCAAAUGUCCACGAAUCUCACUCUCCGUCCUCUCCACACCCCUCUCACGCAAACACUUCACAUCCUUCUCGCAAAUGAAAACACCCCGCAUCGGCGCUGGCUUCACCUCCACCCCCUCCCACAGCACACCCGAUCUUCCAGGACGACCUUCCCCAUUGUCUUCUGUUCAACGCACAAAGUCGCAACGAACACCGCCUCGUGCGCUCGGUUCCCCAAUGCAGCUGAGUAGUCCUCCGGCCACGGUUAUUCGCUGUGAAGCCGAUAGGGAAAGUAUGGGUCCAAGAGCUGAGCUUAUGGAAGAUGUGGAUACCAUGUCACCAUCACAGCGAGGUGAUGCCGUCGAUGGGUUAUUGAAACUCAUGAGUACGACAGGUAAUCCAAGUUCAGAUGCCUGGACUGGAUGA